CCGCCGCGCGGGGCGGAGGACGCGGCGGCGCUGCGAGCGGCGGCGGGACGCGGCGCUCCUCGCGCCCGGCGGAAAAUUUCAAAAAUGUUUCAAAUUCCUGUGGAAAAUCUUGACAACAUCAGAAAGGUGCGGAAAAGGGUGAAAGGAAUUCUUGUGGAUGUCGGGCUUGACAGCUGCAGGGAGUUGCUGAAGGACCUUAAAGGCUUUGAUCCAGGAGAGAAGUUCUUCUAUAACACAUCAUGGGGAGAUGUUUCUCUCUGGGAACCUUCUGGAAAGAAAGUGAGAUACCGAACAAAACCAUACUGUUGUAGCCUUUGCAGAUACUCGACAAAGGUGCUUGCUUCACUCAAAAACCAUUUACAUCGUCACCACGAAGAUGAGGCUGACCAGGAGCUGGUGAUCCCGUGCCCCAACUGCACCUUUGCCUCUCAGCCCAAGGUGGUGGGCAAGCACUUCAGGAUGUUCCACGCCCCUGUUCGCAAAGUGCAGAACUACACAGUGAACAUCUUAGGCGAGACUAAGUCGUCUAGAAGUGAUGUGAUUAGUUUCACAUGUUUAAAAUGUAACUUUUCGAACACCUUGUACUACAGCAUGAAGAAGCACGUUCUGGUGGCUCAUUUUCACUACUUAAUCAACUCUUACUUUGGCCUGAGAACUGAGGAGGUGGGGGACCAACAGAAAGCAAGUGAUACUGCUUCUGUGGACAGGACCCCGCCAUCCGACCGGUACUACUGUAAGAAGUGCAGUGCCAAUGCCAGCAGCCAGGACGCCCUGAUGUACCACAUCCUGACGUCUGAUGUGCACAGGGACUUGGAGAACAAGCUGAGGUCAGUGAUUUCAGAGCACAUUAAGAGGACUGGGCUCUUGAAGCAGAUGCACAUUGCCCCAAAGCCAGCCGCCCGUUUGGCCAUACCACCGAGCAGCGGCGCCCCUGGCAUCCCAGCACCGCCAUCUUGCUUUCGUCUCACCCUGCCACAGAAUGGCCAAAGCCCGGCUGUGGUGCAGCCAGUGACUGUGGCCCCAGGCUCUGCUGGGAGUCUGACCCACUCCCCACCUGCGGUUGCCCAGCCCCACGUGACCCUGGUCUCCAGCCCUCUGCCUGUGUGCCAGAGCGGCCUCUCCCUGCAGCCCUCCACCCCCCAGCCUGUCCUUCUAUCUCACGGGGUACCGCUCAGCCAGCCUGUGAACCCCCCUGUGUUGCCCCUCACCCAGCCUGUGGGGCCCAUAAGUAAGUCUGUUGGAAAGAGUGUCCUCCCUGUGAGUCAGGCUGUCCGCCCUGGCGUCUUGCCCCUUUCCCAGCCUGUGGGGUCUGUAAGCCGACCUGUUGGGCCUGGUAUCCUGCCUGCCAGUCCCUCUGUCACCCCCGGGGUUCUGCAGGCUGUCUCACCAGGAGUGAUUUCUGUGGGUCGAGCAGCCCCAUCGGGGGUCCUUCCUGCAGGCCAGAUGACCCCUGCAGGGGUAAUCCCUGGACAGACAGCAACUUCUGGGGUUCUCCCCACUGGCCAGGUGGCCCAGUCAGGGGCUCUCCCCGUUGGGCAGACAGCUCCAUCUCGGGUUCUUCCCCCUGGUCCAACAGUGCCCUUGAGGGUUCUCCCUGCAGGCCAGGUGGUCCCGUCUGGGCUUCUCUCUGCCAACCAGCCUGUCUCCACAGGAGUCGUCCCUGUGAACCAGGGUGUGAGUUCUGGUGUGCUGCAGCUUAGCCAGCCGGUCACCACGGGGGUCCUUCCCGUGGGCCCACCUGCAAGGCCUGGAGUGCUGCAGCUCAGUCCCUCAGUCAGCACUGGCGUCCUGCCUGUGAGCCCCCCAGCCAGGGCAGGGGCUUCGCAGAGCACCACCUUCCUCACAUCAGGCUCUAUUCUCAGGCAGCUCAUCCCCACUGGGAAGCAGGUAAAUGGGAUCCCCACCUACACCCUGGCUCCAGUGUCUGUCACCCUGCCUGUGCCCCCCGGCGGAAGCAUGGCAACUGUUACUCCACCGCAGGUGCCUGUCCAGCUUUUGCCCUCAGGCACAGGUGCGCACAUGGCCAGUUCCCUUCCCAGCCUGCCCUCCCCACAAGUGCUGGUGAGCGCUGCCCCGAGUGUGUUUGUUCAGGCUACUCCUGCCCCGGCAGAUGCCAACCAGGUGCUGAGACAGGCCAAGCAGUGGAAGACCUGCCGGGUGUGCAACGAGCUCUUCCCGUCCAACGUGUACCAGGUGCACAUGGAGGUGGCUCACAAGCACAGCGAAUCCAAGCUCUGCCGGGUGUGCAAUGAGCUCUUCCCAUCCAACGUCUACCAGGUGCAUGUGGAGGUGGCUCACAAGCACAGUGAGGCCAAGGUGGGCGAGAAACUGGAGCCCGAGAAGCUGGCCGCAUGUGCACCCUUCCUGAAGUGGAUGCGGGAGAGGGCUGUGCGGUGCCUGUCCUGCAAAUGUGCCAUCUCAGAGGAGGAGCUCAUGCGCCACCUGCUCAUGCAUGGCCUGGGCUGCUUGUUCUGCCCCUGCACCUUCCACGACAUCCGGGGCCUCCUGGAGCACAGCAGGACUAAGCACCUGGGCAAGAAGAAGCUGCCCCUGGACUAUAGCAACAGGGGCUUCCAGCUGGACCUCGAUGCCAGCGGCAAUCUGCUGUUCCCUCAUCUCGACUUCAGCACCAUACUGCCGCGGGAGAAGCUGGGGGAGCGGGAAGUCUACCUGGCCAUCCUUGCCGGGAUACACUCCAAAUCCCUGGUGCCUGUGUAUGUUAAGGUGAGGCCUCAGCCUGAGGCUCUGCCCAGGGCCCCCAGCAGACAGAAGCUGACCUGUCCCUUCUGCUUUGGUACCUUCCUGACGGCUGAGGCCUAUGAGCUCCACCUCAAGGAGAGGCACCACGUGAUGCCGACGGUCCACACGAUGCUCAGGUCUCCAGCUUUCAAGUGCAUCCAUUGCUGUGGGGUCUACACUGGAAACAUGACCCUAGCGGCCAUUGCCGUCCAUUUGCUGCGCUGCAGAAGUGCUCCCAAGGACAGCAGCUCAGGCCUGCAGAUCCAGCCGGGUUUUAUUGAGAGCAGUGAGCUGCUGUUAGUCAAUGGGGAAGUGAUUCCUGAUUCUACUUUUCCUGUGAAGAGGAAGUUGCCAGAUGGCCAUGUAGGGGUAGAAGACCAGCGGGAGCUGGAGGAGCCAUUGCUUGUCCUAAACACCGAUGUAGCCCCAAGCCCAGAGAAAGGGACAAGUGUCGUGCCUUUGAAGAGACAGAGGAAUGAAGGCAGGACAGAGGGGCCCACGGCUGGUGAUGACAUGCUCCAGGUCUUGGUGUUAGACCCUAAGAAAUAUGAAGGCCGUUCUUACGAGGACAAAAAGCAGUUUCUUAGAGAUUAUUUCCAUAAGAGACCUUAUCCUAGUAGAAAAGAAAUAGAAUUGCUGUCCUCACUCUUAUGGGUGUGGAAAAUCGACGUGCCUGCAUUUUUUGGGAAAAGGAGAUAUAUUUGCAUGAAAGCAAUAAAAAACCACAAGCCCUCUGUGCUUCUAGGUUUUGAUAUGUCUGAACUUAAAAAUGUUAAGCACAGGUUGAACUUUGAAUAUGAACCACAGCAUUCAUAGGACAGUGAGCCUCAGUCCCAGGCUGUGGUUCCCACUGGGCCUAGACUGCCCUGCUGAGUCCCUGAGUCCUGCCUGCUGCUCUUCAGCUGUUCCAGGUGCUCCGAGAGACUUCGGCUGAGGAGGAGGAUGGCUCUUAGAUUGGUUGUUUCCUGCAGUUGGGUUCUAACACUUACUCUCAGUUUUCUUCUGUCGUGUAAAUUAAGUCUUUUGGCAUUCAUGCACGUCUUGUUUUCCCAGUAGCUCAGUAUUGAAUGAACUGAAACCUGCAAGUACUUGUUUUUUAAUUUUAGGAGAUGCCAGCUUGUUGGAGAGUACUUGAUCAAUUGGAGAUGCCUAUAGACCUGCAAAGUGAUGGACACAGGGUUGAGUUGGAGGAGCGCACCCUAUGAUGUGCGUGGCUCCCUGCAGACACCCUGCCAGUUCUUCCUCGGAAGCUGCUUGCUUAUGAGAUUAUAAUUUUGAUUAGACACUUUUUCAUGUUUGUCUUGAUGGCUGUUUCUUUUUUAAGUUAUAACUCAUAGAAAACCAAAUGUUUGCAUUUAUUAAAAAUACCUGAGUCUAA